AUGUCAAACAUCCCGGUCCCCUCUCACCUAUGCUCCCUCGCCGACCUUCCAAACAGAUCGAUUGGUGAUAAGGUUCGAUUUUUAGGAUGUGUCGUGUCAUAUGAGGCCGAGACAGCCACCUUGAUGCUACAGCAUAAGCUCCCAGAAGCAGCUGCAGUCCGCGUAGCAGUUGAUGUUGGUCAGCGCCUCGGGCCGUUAAAGUCGGAGGAGAUUCGACCCGGCCGCUGGCUCAAUAUUAUCGGCUAUGUCACCUCCAUAACCUCCGAUGGGGCCGGUGAACGCGUAGGAAUCCAAGCCAUCAUGCAUUGGUCCGCUCACGCCCUCGAUGUCGACAAAUAUGAACGGAUCGUGAGGCUCGAGUCUUCGACGCCAGCUCCGACCAAUCCCCCUCUCUCCUGA